UUAAAGGCGUGCGCCACCACAGCCCCGCUCUCCUCUCUCUCUCUGUAUCGUUUUCUGCCUUUGCCCCACCCCCUUUGUCACUAGCCAGGCGAGCAGUCCGGCCGAGGCGGAUGUACGAGGGAUGAUUCAGUAGUGACAGGAAGCCAACCGCCUUGCCUGCUGCCCGCCAGAGUCUGUGGUGUUGGCAUUGGCUUGGGCAGGUGUGCCGGCACAGGAUGAGGUGGCCAUGGUGAGGAACCCCCACUCUCAGCUUUGCAGCCCCCUCCCCAAGCCGACAUGAGUGCCGACCUGAGUGCCGACCUGGAGCUGGUGUGGCCAUUGUCAGUACCACUGCUGCUGCUGUUGGGGGCCACAGCCUGGCUGUGUGUCCGCUGUUCCCGCCCAGGGGCGAAGAGAAAUGAGAAAAUCUUCGAGCAGAGGAACCAGCAAGAAAACGAACAGAACUUUACUGUGGCUCAGACCUACUCCCUGGCCAGGCCGGUGUGGCCAGGACCCCUGAUGGACACAGCCUCAGACAAGUCAUCCGAAAGGAAGAAUAAACUGCUGUUCUCGGACCCGGAAGGUCCUGAGUCCCUUAGGUACCAGAACUUCUACAGAGGAAGCAGACACGAGCCUGACGCUGCCUAUGUAUGCCCUGCCAGCUCCCUUCUGUUAACAGACGAUGAUUCCAACUCCUACGAGAACGUGCUCAUCUGCAAGCCCAGCACGCCCGACUCAGGUGACGAGGAAUCUGAGGAUUAUCAGAACUCAAUAUCUAUCCGAGAGUGGCGAGAAUCCAGGAGGACUGUGGGCGCACAAGUGUCCCUGUUAGAAAGCCCAGAUGAGGAGCCAGAUUACGUGAACGGGGAUGUGGCCGCUGCUGAGCACGUCUAGGAGAGAAUCAAUCGGAAGGAAGGGCCCACCGGAGUCAUGAGCUGAAGCGUUCACUGCCUGCUGAAGCCUAUUUUCCAGGGAUGCUCAAGCUUCAGACCUGGCUGUGGCUGCUCCUGGGAGGGGUUCCAGAACUUCCUGGGAGACAUUGGGGCUCGUCAAGGCUGCAACCCCCGAGCAAUGCCCUGGACUUUUUUGGGAGCAAAGCAGGUACCUGGAAAUAUUGGCUGUGCUGACCGGAAGCCCAGGACCUGAGGCUAGCUGUGUCUCCAGUACCACACCUAAAAUAUGUCACAACACUGGCAUUUGUCUUUUUUUUUCUUAAUUUUGCAAUAGGGUCUCAUUAAAUUGCUCAGGCUGGUCUCAAACUUGCAAUCCUCCAGCCUCAGCCCUAGUGCUGGGAUCACAGGGUGUAUCACUACGCCUGACCUUCUAUCUUUUUUCAUUGUUUGGAUUCAAAUUGCUUAUGAAUGUUGAUUUCUGGGAACGUUCCGUGACUGUUGCUGUAGUUAACGUCAAUUGCUGGAGCCGUAUUUAAUAUUGCCAAUGUCAGGGGGACUUCCUGUCUCCCAGAGAGCAUUACAUGUCCUAACUUUAACAGAUGUAGGGUAACCUGGAGUCUCCUUCUUUGUGGGCUCCCAUUUGCCCCUCUUCCAUUCCUUGUGGGUCAGUGAGAGGGAAACAAACCGGCCCCUCACCCAUCAAUCAAUAAACCCUGAGUUUA